AUGAGAGGAAUAACACGCGAAACCCAAAACGCCCUCUGCCUGCUUGCGCGUUUAUUUUUACAGCGACCCCGAGGUGACAGGGAUAUUUUCGAGAGUAAAAAAAUGGGAUUCGUGGCCCUUGGCGGCCCCAACCGUUAAUUUCGGCAUUGGAACGGAGAGGAGGGCGCUGUCCGCGCACACCCGAGACCGAUUGUUGCUUAUUUUACCCCCGCGAUUUGUUGUGUGUCGUUAUUGCGUUUUUAAAAAAAAAAAAAAAAACAUAAAAAAAAUAGUUAGCGUGCAUGUGCGUUGAACUGUAUGAGUACCUAAUACGCUGGCCCUGAAACACAAAUAAUACGGCGUCCGGCCGUACUAAUUGGUUGUUGUUUUUUUUUUUUUUUUUGCUUUUUCUGUAUUGUUUUUCCCGCCGUCUCUAUACAGGUGACCGAAUCCUCCGCGGUGGCGGGCUCACGGCACAACAACUGCAGUCGACGACGGUCGACGGGUUUUAUCGUCCGCAACGACAACCGACUUUGUACAAAUGCACCCGGUGCAUCAAAACGUACGCCCGGCUACACAGCCUGUCCAGGCACGUCCGGUUCGAGUGCGGCGUCGACCCCAAAUUCGAGUGUCCCGUGUGCCACAAAAAGUCUAAACACAAGCACAACCUGCUGCUGCACAUGAAGACACACCACAAGUGA